GUCAGAUUACCGCGGAGCCUCUAGAUGUCACCGUGCUACUGAUGUAGCGUACACCUGCUCACGGAAGGGCGCAAUGCAUCGUGUAUCUUCCUCACUUCAUAUCUGACAAAGGGCAUUAUUUCCUCAUGUGGAACUGAGACAGACUAGGCUACCUCUCACAUAAGCUGCAUGUCAGCUCGUCUGUUUGCAGUAGAGAAGUGCUCGGUGUAGCAGCAACAGAGGUGCCGUAGCCCUGAGCCCGAGUCUUCGAGACCCUACUCCAUGACCCGUGGGUGAGGACCUUUGUGUCCUGACAUGCAUGUGAGAGGUGCCCUAUCCCAGGCAGUGUACAGCCAGCCAUGGAGCAGCAGGCCCGGAUACUGAGGAGGGUCCUGGUCCAGCUGGAGAGACAGGAGGCUGUAGAAGAGGCGGCUCAGAAUGGCAUUGCUGCGGAGUUUGCCAGGUUGAAAAGCCAGUCAACCAAGUACCGAACUGACAAGACCUACUCGGCCAAGACAGCAGAAAAGCAGGAAAACAUAAAGAAGAACCGAUACAAGGACAUUGUUCCCUUUGACCACAGCAGAGUAAAACUCACUCUCACCACAGCUAAAAAUGACACGGACUACAUCAACGCCAAUUUCAUCAAGGGAGUGUCGGGUUCAAGGGCCUACAUUGCUACUCAGGGUCCUCUGCCCCACACAGUACUGGACUUCUUGAGGAUGCUUUGGGAAUACGACAUAAAGGUCGUAGUGAUGGCUUGUCGAGAGUUUGAGAUGGGCAAGAAAAAGUGUGAGUGCUACUGGCCACAGACACAAGAGCAGCCAUUUGCUUGUGAGCCCUUUACAGUUUACUGUGAUUCUGAGGAAAAUAAAGGAGAUUAUUUAACAAGGAUGUUAAAGUUGACUUAUCACAAUUCUAGUCGAACUUUGAAACAGCUGCACUAUGUCAACUGGCCAGAUCACGGUGUACCAGACUCCAUCCCCCCCAUUCUGGAAAUGUUGCAUGAGAUGCGUUCCUAUCAGCCCCAUGAUGACAUCCCUAUCUGCAUCCACUGCAGCGCUGGCUGCGGUAGAACAGGAGCCCUUUGUGCCAUUGAUUAUACUUGGAACCUCCUGAAGAAACAGAGGAUCGCACCAGAUUUCAAUGUCUAUGACUUGGUUCAAAACAUGAGAACCCAGAGGCCCUCUGUGGUUCAAACUAAGGAACAAUAUGAGCUGGUGUACAGAACCGUCAAGAUACUGUUUCAGAGAUAUUUGCAGCUCACGGAGGAACAGACCCAGAGAAAUGAGGUGACAAUGGUCCCUUCUGCGAUCACGCCUGACACCGAAUGCGAGCUACUGGAUCAGAGUGAGGAGUUGGAUUCGCAGCCACAAUUCCAGCACCUGCUGGAUGAGGAGAGGGGUGUUUUACCGCAGCACCACAGACCCUUGUCCUCCACUUCAGAAAACCUCAUUGCCUUGAGAGCCAAAGACAAACAGACGGAUCGGCAACAAUGGCACCCACUCGAGGCCUUUCCUGACACUGCGGUCACCAGCCGAGACCUGCGGGAGGGACCCGGGACCUCACCCAAACUGGUGCACACAACCCAGAGAGCCCCUGCCGUAGAGGAGAGUAUACAGGAAAGUCAAGACGUACCAUCACUGAGCCCGCCAGCUACACCAGCUGUGGUAGAAGCCGUUUGUCUGAUGGUGGAGGACCCCUACUUUGACACUCCUAUGAACUCCCCUUCAUCAGAGGAGGUAUCCAUGGACUCUACUGAAGACACCAAACAAUGGACAGUUUUCCCUGUCUUCAGCACACCCUCAUUGUUGCUGAAAGACCAGACACCAGAGCCUACCUCUACUGUCUCAGAUACCGUUGAAGCUCCUACGGAUGAGGAGACACCUCCUCCGCUACCUGAACGGACCCCUGAAUCCUAUGUACUGGCUGUGGACACAGAGCAAUCUGAUCCCUGUGAAAGGUUAUCGGUUUUCAUUCCAUCUAAUGCUGCUGCUGAGUCUGUCAGGGAGUUGGGAGGCAGCCCUCCUUCACCUGUCCCCCCACUCCCAGAGAGAACCCCAGAAUCAUUUGAGCUGGAUAUUGAUCAAGCUCCCACGAAGCAGAACCUGGAGGUCACGUCAGCAGCGAAACUGAACAGAAUUGGAAUGUCUUCGGAAUGGUCCGGCAACUCAGAGCCAGCUGCCGGUGCAUCUCAGAAUGAGACGAAACCUUGGGUGAGAAGUAAGAGUCUGAAAGCAAAGAUGACCUUCACGGUGCCACUAACACAUCUUGAUCCUGCGCCAAACACAACCUCAAACCUCCAUCCCGUCUAUCAGCCUCUGGACCCACCGAUUCCUCCGCUGCUCUCUCCAUCCGAAGACAGCCCGACUCCUCCCCUUCCUGACAGAACCCCAGAGUCCUUCAUCCUCAAAGCAGAAGAGACUCGUGAGACAACUGCCCUCCAGCCGCAGCCCUCGGGAACAACACAGCCCUCACCAAGGGCAGGCCUGUCGUCUGAGUGGAAUGGCAACUCUCAGGCCAAGAAAUUCCUUGAUGUUGUCAUGAGCAGAAGCAAGUCUGUUCGAGCUAAUAGUUCAACACAAGAGCCCCUCGCUGCAGCUCAGCAGCUCGCCCCACCUCCUGUGGUCAUGGAUGGAGCAGGAAGUGUGGGACAGCACGAUGUGACCCGCAGGCCCUCCCUGAACGCUGAGCCAUCUGGAAACAAAUCGGACAAAAGCAACGAGAAGGGGAUGUCCAGAACAAAGAGUCUGAAGUUUUUUAGACACAAACAAAAAACUAAAACUGGCCCUCCACCACCUCUCAAUCAACCUGGAACACCACCUCCAACAUAUGGUGCCUCAUCUUCAGUGUUCAAAUUUGGAUUUGGGAACCGUUUUGGAAAGCCAAAGGGCCCUAGGAGUUACCCAGAGACUUGGAUUUGAGGCGGCCGUCCCCCUCUCGCUCUAAGCAUCAAAGGUGGAGCUGUUCUAAUGAUGAUCCUGAUACGUCACUAAAUCACUAAAGGACCGGGACAUUUAGAAGUUCAAGUAUCCCUUGAAGAUUCCAUACAGUGUACAUGAAAAGCACCGAAAGCCAGUUCUCUGGCUUGCACAGCCUCAGCGGAGAACAAACAGGCAGCUCCCAUGCCUUUUGUACUAUAUAUGAACUAAAGCUACUUUUAACUAUUGACCAGUGCCUCUCUGAACAACAGGUACAGCCACUUGGACCAAUGGCAUGAACACUUAAUUAAAAACUCAGGAGUGUUACUCAAUAAAAUAAUUUGCAAUCUGCUGUGACACAUUUUACACUUGUGCAGGGUAAUGCUGUUAAACUUGGUGUAUGACAAAUGUAUUUAGCUGUGUGUGCGUGUGUGUGUGUGUGUGUGUGUGUGUGUGUGUGUGUG